AUGGAUUCCUCAACCAACGGCAGUAGACACGACAGAAAGCGCUCGCGCUCACCGUAUCGAGACCACCCACACGAUGGAGUGAAGAGACAACGGUCGCGCUCACCGCACCGCAGACAUCACCGCCAUCACCGCGAUCGCAAAGAUCGUAGCGAAGCAAAACCUGUGUUGGCAUUUGGUGCGAGGUCGCUGCACCGGGACGAUUUUGAGCAGUACAAGCCGCUGUUAGCCGAGUAUUUAGAUGUACAGAAGAAUCUCAACAUCGACGACCUUGAGGAGCGGGAAAUCAAAGGAAGAUGGAAGCGUUUCUUGGGGAAGUGGAAUCGGGGUGAACUCGCAGAGGGCUGGUACGACCCUGAUAUGAAGUCACGGGUCGACGAGAGAUGGCGGUCGAGGCCACCGACUAGCUCAAAAGGUAGGGCAGUGCCGGGAAACCAGUUGCUACCGAGCAAUGCCGAAGCACGCGAAGAGGAGGAGCCCGACGAUGAGGACGACGAUGACUUUGGCCCAGCACCUCCCGGCAAGGAGAGCACAAGAUAUGGAGCACCAUCCGCGUCUCUACAAGACCUCCAAUAUCGGCAAGAGCUGGCUGAAGAGGAAGAUCACGCCAGGCUCCAGGACCUCCGCUACCAACGCAAAACAGAUCGCAACGAGCAGAAAGAGCGCAUCGAAGAGCUUGCACCACGAGCAGACCCCGGCUCGCGCGAGAGGAAGCUCGAGAAGAAGAGCGAGACUACGUCUGCACUCAACCAGUUCCGCGAAGCUAAAGACGGUGGGGAUGUUGAGGUCAAUGACAACGAUCUUAUGGGUGGAGGCGACGAUGGAGCGGAAGGCUACAAGAAGAGACGGCAGGAGAUGGAGAGGAAGAAGGGCGAACGUGAGAUCAGGAAGGAAGAGGCGCUGCGAGCAAGGGCUGCCGAGAGGGCGGAGAGGUUGCAGAUACAGCGUGAGAAGGAGGAGAAGACGAUGGCAAAUCUCAAGGCGAUCGCCAAAGCGAGGUUUGGCUAG